AUGGACCUGUACCUGCCCACGAUGGCGCCGAGCGGGAUCGCGACCGAGCAGCAGCCGCUCAAGACUCCCCGCGAGAGCGUGACCUCAGAUCCCCAGUACCGCAUAGACGUGCUGCUGGGCAAGAAGAUCAGACAGUACAACAUUCUGCAAGACCUCGGCUGCGGCAGUUACUCGAAAGUCAAACUGGGGAUUCACAAUGUCACAAAAGCUAACCUGAUGGAUAUAUUUGAGGUGCAGUUUGAUCAUCUGCACAAGGGUAACCAAGCCGACUAUCGUUCAGUUUGUGCGCGCUGCUAG